AUGCCUCCUAAAGCCCGAACUGACCGCAGACCUUGUAUCUUGUGGGCCCCAGAGGCUAAGGUAUUCUGCGGUGGUGGUGGCAUGCUUGAUGGCCUUGAGGAUCACUAUAAGUCGUGGUUUGUAUGGAACGUUAGCCGGGAAUCUCCCCCUUACGUCGGCUUCACCAUCCAUUUCCCCCGUCGCGUCGACGGCGUGUAUCAGUACUAUGCCCGAGGUGCUGAUAGACCGUCUGAUGCUCACAACAUCUUUUUCGGCGCUCAUCCCGGAAAGGUAGACCUUGUCUUCGCAGAAAUCGCGCCCGACUCGGAAGCCCUUCCCGAAGAGCUGCGAGGUAAAGUGGAUCUACCAUGGCUCGACAUAACCAUGAAGCUUCACGACGACGCUGAUUUGAUCUGUGAAGGCUGGCCGUGGCCUUUUGAGGGCCGUGACCAAGCUGCUGACGCUGCCUUCCAUCAUCACGGACCCGUUGAUGGCGCGCCGAUCACCCUCUCGCAAAUGCAACAAUUGCGGACCUGGUCCUUCCUCGUGAAGGGGGCCGGAAACGAGAAGUACAUCAGCGCCGCUCGUGAUUCUGUCUUGGACUUUGAAUUUUACUAUCCAUUUGGAAGCAAAUUUCAUUGGGAUAUGGAGCGAUACGCCGAGACCAUCCCCAACUUCCGCGCAGAGAAGCAGUUGAAGAAGGUUUAUGUGCAUGCCUCUUUGAACAAUGCGCUUACUUGCUUUACUCAGAGCGUUGUUCAAGAUGUCUUCCCCUUGCUUGAGUAUGCAGGGAAUAUUUGUGGUAUGGAAGUGCAGGCUGGCUUCAUGAUUCCCCGGAACCUGUCUUCCUCAAACGAAGCUGGCACCAAGUCAGACGUGAUGGAGGAGUCGGAGGUAGUAGAGGAGUACGAGGUUAUUGCCGAGUUAACUCCCGAAGUCCUUGCAUUUAAAGAAGCCUUGCGCAUCCUAACACGGCAUGGUCACGCCUUGAAGAUCUUCUUUCAGCCACCUCAGCUUGUCGAUGGUGAGGUUAUUGAAGAUGAAAACUUCUGGGAGGGUACCAUAGAGGGAAUGGAUUUCACAAACGGCCGCCUCACGUUCCGCGCGUGUCGUCCCACCGAUCCCGAAAACCCACAAUACAGGAUGCAUGAACAGGUUGAGAAGAUCUGGGUGCUUUUUGAUUCAUCAAUCGCUGUGGCAAAACGACGAGUUAAUGCGGUCAAUGAGUUGGCUAAACGCGGGUCUUUAGGUGCAAUCUUAAAAUAUUUUGACGAUGCACCUGAAGUACUUGAAGAGCUUUUUCUUGAAGUGCUCGAAAAGCCCGAAAGGCCCGGAAACCAGAUUCAUAAAGCUGAUGAGAUGAAGAAGUUGAUUCGCCGACGCCUCCAAGGCGAGAUCCUUCAAGGUGCCUCUCUUACCUCGCUCUUGCCGGACUUUUCGCAUACUACGGAGACUCUAGGUCCGUCUAGCUGGGAUGAACUUCUCGCACGUCCUGACCUCCAACAAGGUUCUGAGUAUAAUUCUCACCUACCCGGGUUCUCUCUUCAGCCUCGCGGUACUCCUGGUCAAGGCAAGGAAGUUUCUCCUGCGUUCAAUGCCAUGGGUGCCUUUUAUAAGGAGAAAUGGAAGAAUCCAGAUCUGGUGGAGAUAAUCCUUAGACCCAUCAGAGAGGAUCUUCCUAAGUUCAAGGAGGCCCUUUCCAACGUCCCGCUGAGCGUAUUGCCUAUUAUCGGCUUCCCGGGAUCUAGCAAGACAAAUAUGCUUGCUACGAUUCUAAACAUGUGCUUGCAGGACCCAGAACAUGACAGAAUCAUGGCAUGUGCCCCGACUCAUGCUGCUGUUGGCAAUUUAGUCGAGCGUAUAGUACGGCUGAAUACAGAAGCAGUUGACUGUUACAACAAGUUUUCGCGAGGUUCUCGGUGUUCUUACGCAACCAUUGUCCAUGCCACCAACCCAGAUGUGAAUGACACAGCAUUUAUUAACAUGGUUCGGUCUGGUAGUGAUGACACUUCUAUUUGGGAACCCUUGAAAUCGGACACUACUCGCCGAUGGUUCUACGAGAACUCGCUGUGCGAUUGGGCGUUGAAGGUAGUCCGCUACAAGACCUGGGCUCUCGACCGUGAUGAUAGCGCAGCCCUACAUGAACUCCGCUCGCGCCUUCAGGCGGAUGAUAAGUGGACCAUGUUCCUCUCUUGGGUAGCAGGAGAGACGAAAUGGGAGGCACUAAUGGAGGACUCAAACGAGAAGAGGGAAGCCUGGGAGGAAGAGUUCGGAGAGGAGCCUGAGGCUACACGACCCCCCGAGCCACUAUCACCGAAGGACUUCGUAAGGAAAUUGAUGGAGGAGGUUUGCCUAGCAUCAGACAUAGUCGCUGCUACAACUCAUGGAAGUAGGGAUAAUCCCGUGGAAAAAUUCAACCGCGGCGUAGCUAAGAUGACUGCAUUAGAUGAGGCUGGUGGCAUAGGUAUUGCCGAGGCAUGCAUCCCCUGGAUUGAUGGCCGGCCUAUUGUGAUGGCAGGUGAUCCUCGACAGCUCUCCCCUACGGUCAGGACUUCGCUAUUGCGCAUCGACGGGAGAUAUGCGAACAUGUUCGCACAGAUGGGCAAGAUUUCUAUUCUAGAGCAACUUCAAUUAGUAGGUUGGCCAUGCCUUGUCAUCAACCGUCAACGUCGCAUGGUUGUCGGUGGAUUUGAUUUAGUCCACGAGUUGUUUUACAAGGACAUUGUCGAUUUCUUAUACGACCAAGACCUCUGCGCCAUUUACAAGCACCCGAUUGCUAUAUUGAUGGAGCACUGGAUUGAGAAAUUUGGUCUUAAACCAAACUUCGACAAGCUCUGGCCUGUGUUCUUCCAUUGUGAGAAUACUUCUUGUAAUGUCGAUGGUUUUGGAUCAUCAUACAAUCCCGAUCAAGCAGCACAUACUGGCAAGCUCAUUUCCGACGCCAUAGCAGGCAAAUUCACGACUGCAGACAGCUUCGUCGUCAUUGUUCCAUAUUAUGCGAUGAAGAAGUAUAUGCAGGAGAAAUGGAAGUCGGACCCCGUACUCUCGACCAUUCCCAUCACCACCACAGAUUCCUUCCAAGGUGGUGAGAGUAGCAUCACGGUAUUCGUUAUGACUCGUACAAACAACCCGGGAUUUCUCAAGGAUGCCCAGCGCCAAUGUGUAGCCUUCAGCAGACAUCGAGAUGCACUUUGGGUUGUGGGAGACAAAGAUAUAUGCGGUAGUUUAGAUGCUCCGUAUGAAUCCGCUAAGCAGAAAACUACCAAUCCCGAAUAUGGUGAAGAUGGAGCAGAAACUAUAUACAUGGGCAAGACACUUCGACAGGCGCUGGAGUGGUUUCGCGAUCGCGAUCGCAUUGUGCAUCUAAAGAGAUUAUAA